CAUAGACAUCAUGGAAGAUUUUAAAGAUCUAACAGAAAGUUUUAUUCAAGACAUGAUUGUGAAUUGUGGCUCUCAUAUUCCAAUUUCUUAUGUAUAUAGUUAUAUAAAAUCGAAAAAGAGUGAUAUUUCUUUUCAAAAUUAUUAUUUAAAAGAGUUGAUUAAGAAGAGGACAAGAACAAGAUUUUCCUACAAGGAUUACGGAAUUAUAUUCUGCUUGCUGUGUAAUGGAGCACAACCUUUUUCAACAUGUGAAUUAGACGACGAAAUAACAAUUUAUGAGAGAGUUCUACAGAUCAAUGAUGUAUAUUUGAUUGAACUAUUCAAAUGUUUCAUUAAUCCUCAAGACGUUCCAUGUGAGAAGUCUCUGAAAUUAAUUUUAAAUAAUUUCGUUGAUGAUGAAGAUUCCUUUUUGCGUCGACACACACCCUUGCACAUGGCAGCCACAUUGCCAAAUGCGAACGUAACAAUCACUCUUUUGAACAAGAAAUUAUGUUGUGAGGAGAAAACCACAAACGAGGAAACACCGAUAUUCUUUGCUGUGAAAAACAACCAGAUGGAACAAGUGAAAACCCUUCUGAAAUACGGAGCCGCAACCUCAGAGCGAGGGACAUAA